AUGCCGCAAAAUACCCCCUUGUCCCCGCAUAUCCAGUUUCUCCUCCACCCUCAAAACCUGCUCGCGGUCCGACGCCAACGCCCACCCAUAAUGCGAUGCCAGCUCCUGGAACCGGCCUUGCAGAUGUGCAAAUCUUUCGCGCAGAUGGGGUGUGGGGGUGUGAGGGUUUGUAUGUGGGAGGUAGUGUAG